AUGUUCGCCAAGGUCGCCCUUCUUUCCGCCCUUGUUUCCUCUGCUGUCGCAACCGUUUUCAUUACCACCCCAACGGCCGCCUCCACUUAUACCGGUGGACAAACCGCUACCAUUACAUGGGAGGAUAACAACGUUGCUCCUUUGCUCCCCGCCUGGGGAAAUGCUUCCGUGGGUAUCUGGGCUGGAAACGCAAAUCAACAGACUCUUUUACAAUUAGUCACAGCUUCUGUCAAUGUUUCGACCACCUCUUCUAUACAGUUCACUCCUAAUGCAAGCAUCGGCCCUAGCGGCCAGGAAUACUUCAUUCGUAUCCAAUCUCUCACGCUCACAGACAACACCACUAAUGCGUACCCUGAGAUGGCAUUCUCUGCGCUAUUCAGCAUGGCGUCGAUGACAGGAACCUUCAACUCCUCCGUGUCUGCAGAAAUCGCUGGACAGUCAACGGCACCCAUUGGUGGUUCUACCACUGGCUCAAUUGCUGCUACUACGUCUGCUGCAUCUUCAUCUGCCAAGGUCGCCGCUGCAUCCACCACGUCUUCUUCGAAAAGCACCACCGCAUCUGCUGCUGCCUCCAGCAAUGGUGCCAUUGGUUCCGUCGUUGCCAAUGUCUGGAUCAGUGCAUUCUUCGGUGCUGUUGUUCUGGCGUUGAUGCUGUAA